UGGUCUUUCCCAUGCGAAGCCUCCCGGCGGCCCAGCCAGAAGGGUGUAGGGGAAAUUCGCAAGGCACUCACAGGGCGCGCGGGUGGGACCCAGCCCUUCGAGUCCUUUCACUGAAAGAAAAAAAAUUGGGAACCUACCCUGUGCCAGGAACUUGAGAUCGCAACAUAAAUCAAAUACAGUUCCUCUCUUCAAGAAGCAGAUCCUGGAAGAAGGAUUCAAGUGCAAGUAAUUCAUUUAAGAGGUGAUCAAAAGAAAACUGAUAGGGGAGAGAAGCAAAGAAGACAUUACCUGUUCUUGGCAGACACUGGUGGCCCCAGAAGCUUGAGUGCAGGUGCAUUGUCUAGGAAGAGAGCUUGCAGGUGGGAACCCAGCAGGGCCCUGGGUGUCCUUGGGCACUGACAGGGUCCCAACUGUGAGCACCAUCUGCUCCUGUGAAGGGUGUCUGACAGCAGCUGCAGCCCUGGACCUGGAAGAGAAGUUAAAUGACUUCUUCAAGGUCACACAGCUGGCAAGUGACAGACUUGGAAUUCCAACCAAGCUUUUAACCAUGUCCUACUAUAUUAAGUAAAGUGUUGCUGUGUCAUUUAAGGACCUUCAGAAGAAGUUUCUGAAAUCUGACUCCUUCGAUCCUGAGGUCCCAGAAGUGAGAUGGAUACCUUACCUCUUUCUAUAACCAGAUGCUGACUGACAUAGUUAUUUGCACACUGUGGAUACAUGAUGCUUUGUGGAGUGAAUAAAUUACCACCUUCCCAAACAUUGUCUAUGCAUUUAAUGUACUUUGGUGUGCAUAGUAUAUUUAAAAAAUAGUUUGUAUUUUAUCUUAUAUUUGGUUAACAUAGCCUCCACCCUCUGUAUACUUUGCUUCUGACUUGACACAGACUCUAUGAAUGCCUAAAUUCUUUGCAAGUUGGGGCUGACACUUGGGAGAAAUUGUGGAAUUCACAGUUCUACUCUGGCUCUGUCAUUCACUCACUGUGUAACCUUGCAUAAAUCACAUCUACUCUCUGGACCUUAUUUUGUCUCCCUCUAUUCCACGGGGGUAACACUCCCCAUUUUGCUUCUUCAGUUCACCACAAGGUUAUUGGAAGGUAAAUGAAAUAACAGAUGUAGAAGUGCUUGGUCCACUAUAAAUCACACAGAAAUGUUGUUUAGUUGCACCUGCUGCUUUUGUUGCGGGCCGCCCCUUACCCAUCUGCUACUUUCUUGGGAUGAAAAAAAAAAAAUGACAGUCUGUGGUAGUAUUACAGGGAGAACAAAAUGAUGAGAAAAUAAACCGACUCCUUGAAUGACUGGUAGAACUGGGGCUGUUAUGGUGAGGCCGGGAUACUGUCAUCUGAAAGGCUGCUGCAAAGAGGGAAACCCUUGUAGGCUUGGUCAGGGUACAGCAGUUAUGAGGAGUCAGCCAGUUUGCAAAAUUUCCCCAAGAGUCAGAGCUGCUGGACAGUGACAUGGGCUGCCUGAGGGAAGGUGAGGGCCCCAUUCCACUGCUGCAGCCGCAAGACUUACUAUCAUAUAAGUAUCACAACCUGCUUCAAAGCAGAAAUCGAGAUCAUUUCUGCUGGGCACGUAUGGAGAAAAGGAGACCCUAAGGCCUUAAGUACCCGCUAGGAGAGCAUCCAGAGCCUGCCUAUUGGCUUCUGCUGAUGGGAAGGGUGGGUCUUGGAUUGCUUCGCUUUCUGAUUGGCUAGCUGUACAGAUUGGCAGAUCCCAGCAGGCUAUGCGUGACAGACCCAGACAUGGCGCAGGCGGGAAAAGUGGCCGUGGGCCUUGGCCUUCCCGGAGGAGAAGCUGCACAGUGGCCACUGCAGCGGUAUGGCCGAUUCAUGCUGUUGGGUACCGGAGAGCCACCUGGUCCUGGCUCAGAAGUUGAGCAGAGCGCUUCCACCACGUGGAAGGUUUUCGAUUCCAAUGAAGAAUCUGGCUAUCUUGUUCUCACCAUAGUUAUAUCUGGUCACUUCUUCAUUUCCCAGGGACAGACACUACUGGAAGGCUUUUCACUCGUUGAUAGCAAGAACUGGUUGAAGAUCGUAAGACGCAUGGAUUGUCUGUUGUUUGGCACAACGAUAAAGAAUAAGAGCCGCAUGUUUCGCAUACAGUUUGGUGGGGAGUCCAAGGAACAAGCGCUGGAACACUGCUGCAACUGUGUGCAAAACCUGUCCCAGUAUGUAACUGUUCAGAUGCCCGAGGGAAUCAUUCAAGAGCUCCGGCCAAGACCUGGCCCUUGGGCAGGUGGAAGCCAAGGGAAGGACUGUGCAAAGAGGUCCCCAGUGCAGCAUGGGUCCCACCAGAACAUGGAACAGCAGAGGUGUGUGGCAGCCAGUACAGGCACUGCAGAGGAAAGGACCUCAGUGAUGCAAUUAGCUCAGUCUAUCCUGGCAUCGGAGGAGCUGCCCCUUGUCUAUGAACAGUCUGCCUGGGGUGUGGAAGAGUUGGGCCCCUUUCUGCGCUUGUGCCUCAUGGAUCAAAACUUCCCAGCAUUUGUGGAUGAGGUAGAAAAGGAACUUAAAAAGCUGACGGGGUUAAGAAAUUAAUGUUCUAUGUAAAUGCAUAAAC